GAUACUAGGGUCAGAGACGGUAGUCUGUCCUCCUUGAACUACAAAACAAGCAUUGCGUUGCAAAGUCCAACAGCCUGCCUCCUCUCUCGUCCCAACUCAAACAUGGGCUUCGAAAAGCUUUCGAUUGCCGCAAUAGCGCAGAAUAAAAAGCUGUAUCUUGUGGUCGGAGGAGCGGGUGCUGCGGUGGUCUGCUUGAGUCUGGCGUGGAGAAGUUUAAGGAGUAGAGAAAAGGUCAGAGUUGGAGUUGUAUCGCAACUUUUAGUUCACCCUCUGAAGUCCGGGAAAGGCAUCUCAGUGGCUUUUGCAGAAUGCCACCACAUCGGAUUAAAACAUGGAGAACUUAUGGAUCGGCACUGGCUGGUGGUCAAGGAGGACGGUCACAUGGUGGCAGGGAAGCAGCAGCCGCGGCAGGUGCUGGUGGCCCUGACCAGCGACGGCGGGAGGCUAUGUCUGAAUGGUCCUGGCAUGGAAGAGCUUCAGAUGCCCCUUCAGCAGCCCCACAACCCCAUCAUGGACUGCAGGGUGUUCGGUACAGACAUCCAGGGGAGGGACUGUGGCGACGAGGCAGCUUGCUGGAUCACCCGCUUUCUGGGGGGGGAGAUAGGCUACCGUCUGGUGCACUUUGAGCCCCACAUGGAGCCCCGCAGGUCUGCCGACCAGGAGAAGCUGUUCUCCCAGGACGAGAAGGUGGCAUAUCCUAAUGUUGGGCCUGUGAUGCUGCUGUCAGAGGCGUCAGUUGGAGACCUCAACGGCAAGCUGCAGAAGGAUGUUACAGUGGAGAGAUUCCGUCCUAACAUCGUCGUCAGUGACUGCAAUGCCUUUGAGGAGGAUUCUUGGACGGAGCUGCUGAUUGGCGAUGUCAGACUCCAUCGUGUAAUGGCAUGUGGAAGGUGCAGUUUCAUCACCGUUGACCCAGAAACUGGUAUUAUAAGCAGGAAAGAGCCCCUGGUCACACUAAAGGGAUAUCGACAGUGCCAACCGUCUGAGGCAGAAAUCUACAAGAAAUCACCAUUGUUUGGACAAUUUUUCACCGUCAAAAAGACGGGAAUCAUACAGGUUGGGGAUGUAGUAUAUCGGAUUGGUCGCUAGGAAGUGGAAAAAUGGUUGUUUGCUGUUGGCGAUCACUGUAAUUUAGAACUCUUUAGCAGCAUAACAAAGGCCAGUUCCUUGAUGUACAUUUCCGAUUAUGAAACAUUGAUUGCAAAAAGUGAGAUUAGAUCUCUAGGCAAAUUUUACAGUCCUCACAAUAAUAUAUAAUUAAAUAAUUCAAGUCCUCCACCCACACACGUACUUCAUAAUCAAUGUGUGUGUGAAGUACAUUUAAAACACUACAGAGGACUACGGGGCUCACUUUUCUGUACACUAGUGUGCUAGUAUUUGCUGUAUUGCACUGUUAUUCAUAAACUAAUUGGGAUUUUUUUAUAAACUAAGAUUAUUAGGCAGUUUUACAUCUAUAUGUAUACUAGUGUGUAUAGUACAAGCAUGCAUUUUUGCAAGAAUCCAAUAGCCCACAAUUCAUUUUUGAUGUUAAUAAAUUACAAACAUUAUUUAUCCAUAAAUCCAAGUCAAAGCCAUAAAUCCAAAUCACUCAUUGAUAUGGGGAAAACAUGCCUUUUUAAAUGUCCAAUAUAUAUUUCCAACAAAAUAUAUAUAUAUA